AUGACGGUGAAGGACAUGCCUUCCGAUGCUUUAAUAGAUAGCAUCAUCAAAGAACGCAUUCGAAAAUUGAAUCAAAACUCUAUUGAUAUCGAGCAUGACAUGCCUUUUUUGGUCGCAGACACAAGGAGAAUAUUCCGGCAGCAUGAACGCUGGCUCCAGUGUCUCCCUAACAUUGCGCCCUUCUACGCUGUAAAAUGUAACCCAGACGUUCGGUUAUUACGCUAUCUCGCACGUCUAGGCGUUGGUUUCGAUUGCGCCUCAUGGGGAGAAAUGAAACUUGUGCUGGAUCUGGGUGUAGACCCAACCAGAAUUAUAUUCGCUCAUCCGUGCAAAGCGGUAUCUGCUUUGCAGAUGGCUUCCAGGAGAGGAGUUCCACGCACGACAUUUGACAAUGUUGAUGAACUCGAGAAAAUCAAGAACUAUGCUCCCAGUCUACGGUUACUUCUUCGUAUCUACGCCGAUGAUGCUACCGCUCUUGUGAGUCUUGGGAACAAGUUUGGAGCUCCCUUGGAUACCACCAAGGCAUUGCUUCUGAAGGCAAAGGAACUUGGCUUAACUGUGGAAGGGGUCAGCUUUCAUGUCGGAUCUGGAGCAUCGAAUGCCGAUACAUUUGUCACUGCAGUACAAAAUGCACAACGGGUUUUCCAACAAGGGAAACAGCUCGGGUUCAAUAUGCAUGUUUUAGAUGUCGGAGGCGGAUUUCAAGAUUCCAACUUCGAACAAAUGGCCCUCACUCUUCAACAGACCAUCGAAAAAGAAUUCCCCCCUUCCACACAGGUAAUAGCAGAGCCUGGUCGAUACUAUGCCCGUAGUUUCUACACAGCAGCAUGCAAGGUGAUUGCGCGUCGCAAGCAAAUCGGGCAGGAUCGGCUAACACACACCGACAUGCUGUACUUGAAUGAUGGGAUAUAUGGGUGUUUCAUGAACGCUGUAGCCGAGAACGAGAUAUACUGCCCUAUCCUGGUCCGACGGGGAACUGCGAGCGAUCCCGAGAGAGAGACUGGGGAGCAUCGGUAUUCUGUGUGGGGCCCGACGUGCGAUGGGUUGGACUGUAUCGCCAAAGAAGCCACGAUGGAUUGUGAAAUAAAGGUUGGCGAUUGGGUCAAGUUUGAGAAUAUGGGAUCCUAUACGGUAGCGACUUCUACGCAAUUCAAUGGAUUUCCAAAUCGCUACGACAUCAUAUAUGUCGAUGACCAUCUCCCACUGAGAUGGGAUAGAGAAAUUACGGCUAGUUCGAAACGUAUCAGGUCCGAAGCUGUCCUAUAG